AUGAAGAGUGGGAAGAUCCGAAGGAAGGUGCUCCAAGAUCUUUCCGCCUUCCUGCAGAAGAUCCAGGAAUCUGUGAGUUUCUGAAGGGAAGAAUUGCAAUCAUGCAGGGCUGUCAAGGCCUUCAGGCUGCUGCUUCUAGGCCCACCCUGUAAAGUGCCCAAGGGACAAUCAGGCAUCCCAGCACUUAUCCAAUUUUGAGAACAGAGCUGGGCCAUAGCAGAAUGAAUCCCAGCGAGUAAAACAGCUGAGAAAAGAAGUAAAAAGUGAACAUCAGGAAAAGAGGGGUGGGAAGUCAAAAAGAAAUGUUUUUUUUCUGCAUAGGAUGCUAAAUGUUUUGGAAUGUUUGGAAGAUUUAAUUAAAAUGUUAUAGGAAAAAUGGUGAUGGAUUGCUUCUCUUAUCAGUCACUUCUCUUGGUUUCUUCUCAGCCAUCGGUUGCGCUUUCUGCAUCCUCCCUUGGCCGACUGGUGGCGAUUUCCUGUCUUUGUGCGUUGGAUCCAGACCCGGAGAGCAGGCAGCGGGCAGCAGAGGCCCUCUGCCAUCUUCUGCCCAUCCUGCGGUGCAACGAAGGUAAGACUGGAAGAAUGCAUCCCAGCAUGGGGUGGGAUGAGCAAGACUCAAACUAACCUUUUGACUUUCCUUUGCAGAGACACUGGCACGAACGUCAUGGAACCAAACGCUCAUCUUCAGAGCUGAGAAGGUCCUCAAAUCCACCGGAGGACCGGUUCCUGAAUUGUUCGUGAAUAAUUGUUACUCUCUUGCCAGGGUAAGUCGCUGUCUCUCAAGCCACAUGUUCUGGGUUCUGCAGAGGCAGCACCUGGGCUUUCUGCUCCCCAGCCCUGCCCUGUGGGCAUCUCUGACCUUCCUCUCUUGCUUCAGGUCUUUGGCGCCUUUCUCCCUGCGGAGCAGCUCUUGGAGGCCGUGUGCUUCCUGGCCAGAGACCUGGUUGUCGAGAGCAGCUUCAACCCGUUGGAUAUCUCCCACUUACUGCAAGAAUUCAUCAAGCAGUUUGGCGGCACAAAAGUGGAGGUAAGGCAUCUGCAAAGGUAGGAGAGAAGAAGAUUCUCUGCUUUGGUGUAGGGGAGGCAACCUCAUGCCAUUGGGUGGCCAGGACACAUGUUAGUUGAGAGGGGCCUGGCAAUGUCAGGACAAGAACCUCAGCCAAGGGUCCUGAGAAACAUGGAUUCAGGGAUGGGGAAUCCUCCUCCUUCUGGGAGCAGACUGGCAAGCUUCUUCUCUUGGCCCACAAUGGAUAGGGGAACUGGCGCCCUGGAGCUGCCAGGGUCCAAUACUCCCAGGGACCCUGAGUGGUACCUUGGAAGGAAGAGGCUGUGGUGGCACAGGUCAAGGGUCCCUCUUUCAAUGAGGGAUGGAGGGAUCUGCCUGCAGACAGCCCCGCUUCCUUGUACUCUCUAAGCAACCCUCUCCUUUUCUCUGACAGGUGAAGGUGCUGCUGGAGGCCUUCUAUAAGAUCAGCCAGGGGCCUACAGUGCAAGGCAGAAGCAUGGCCGUCUUCGCUUUGUCCAUAUUGUCACACCACCACCUGGACAAAGUGGUUGAAUACCUCCUCCAGUUUCCCUUCGGGUAUGGAGCCCUCCAGGUUCUACUGGGCUAAGGGGGAGGUUGGCAAGCUGCAGGGCUUGCUCAGAAAGCCCUUGCUGCCAUUUCCUCUCUCUGGAGCAUGGCAGCAAGCAGGAGACUUGAAUCUGACCAUUGCUCUUGUUUUUCAUUCACAGACACUGCGAGAGAGUGUGGAAGGAGGUUUUAGCAUCGGCCGACCCAGAACAACUGAUCCAUCUCACGGCCGAGCAGCUUUACGAAAGCCCCUUGGCGGAAUCUGCCAUCGAAGUGGUAAGGACCUACCACCUGCUUUCUGGCUUCCUUCUUCCCAGGGUAAUAUCUAGGGAUUCCUGUAUUCUGCAGAAAAGCAGGGAAAGUGACUUGCACCUCUCUCUCUUCCAGCAACAUCUCACCAGCCUGUUGCACGCCAUCCUCAGGAUGGAGGACUACAAGGCAGCUGUGCGCCAGAACUUCCCACAGCUGCUGAUCGCUCUCCUGGGGAUGGUUAUCAACUUCCACUAUGACCAGGAAUUCCUCGGGUGAGUAGUGUGUUGCAAAGGGACCAAUUGAGUCCUUUCCCCUUCAACCUCGGGGGGUUUCCUGUCCAUCUUGGUUUUGCAAGGGAGGCUCUCCUUCAGGCGGCUGCUAGGGAGGAGGGAUGGGGAAGGAAUUUGAGUGUGUGACAAUGACCCUCCUGGUAAAACUGGCCUUGCUUUGGUUGCAGAGGGGCUAAGGAAGUUCUGCACCUCCUUCUUGGCACCACUGGAGAGCAAGUGGAGGCGGCCAUCGUUGACCAACUUUUCUGCCGGGAGACUUUCAGCCAGGGGUUGUCUGCCAUGGUGAGGUAAGAGGAAGAACACGGUGACCUUCCCCAAUGGUCUGGCAAAUGGAGCUGAAGGCACGGGAUCGGACUGUGCCCCUGUUUGCUUCCUGUGGUGUCUUUCCCUUCCUUACCAAGAUCUGUUUCUCCAUUUCAGAGCUGUCGGAAAGCGACACUGGUGGAUCCCUCCCAUGGUGGAAAGCAUCAUCGCUGCUCUCAAGGACCAGGAUUUUGCCGGGAUGCCACAAGUCGCGGCAGCUAUCUACAUCGAGGUGAGGGGGACUGACGCGGGAGGAAAUGGGUGCAGCAAGGAGGUCCUGGCUUGGUUUCUGCCGAGUGUUGGGCUACUUUGAGCCUAAGGACUGUUGCCUGUUUUAGUGCUCCUCAGAGUAGACCCAUUGGAUUUGAUGUACAUGACAAACUUUGGUACAUUCACUUCAGUGGGUUUGCUCUGUGCAGAAUUGCAAAUGGUGGGUAAAAGGAGAACCUGCCUCAGCCGCUCAUCCCUGAAGAGUUUCUUUCUCUUUGGGCCUCUUUAGCUGCUCAGCUGCCGUCUGGAGGUCUAUCCCUGUGAAGAUACACUGGAGCAGCUCCUCAACUGGCUGGCACACGACCACCUGCAAGUCCGGAAGCUCAGCGUCAGAGGGAUAUCCCUGCUUCUGGACUCUGACAUGGCAAGUGAUGCUCAGAGGGAGGGAGGGGGGGUACAGAUCUUGAUUCUAAUCAUGGCCCAGCACUCUUUUGCUGGCACAAUACUGAAGGGCCUGUGCCAAAAGGUGUGAGGCCUUUCAGACCUUUGAAAAGAUUCUCUCUUUUGUGUAGGACCCUUCGCUUCUGCGGCUGUUGCUGCUGGAUUCCCUCCCUUCUGCAGAAGCCGAUGUCCUCCCGGAGUUGAUAGAGCUGGUAGACCAAGCCUACCAUUCCAGGGAGCUGGGAGAGGAAGACCUGAAGAUGCUGGCGGCAACCUACUGCGGUCUGGCUGCCCAUGUGAGUAUGAGGGAAAACAUGACACCACACCCGAUGGAGGAGGAAUGCUUUGGAAGAGGAAGGGUGGGGUUUAGACUGGCAUGCAGCAGAGAUGUUCUGGCUUCAGGAGGGUGUUCCUCUGGAACACCUUCUCUUGGAAGCCUGCCUGGAAAACGCAGGGAGAGAGUCACCCCUGCCCCCAGUCUCCCCCAGGAGGAGGAUAGGGGGCUGAGCAGCCUCAAAACACCCCAGGGGGCAGGAGAAAGGAAAGUGAUCUGAUGAGAAACACAACCUCUGAUAUUUUCUGCCUACAGGAGGAAGCCUCCGUCCGGGCAUCAGCCAUCCAACAUCUGGGGCUGCUUCGGGGCUGGGUGAGAGACCAAAGGCUUCCCAUAAUAACAACAACAACAGAAGAAGAAGAAGCCAUUCAUGAACUGGUUGUGGUCCUCAUUCACCUCGAAGACGAGGACGAGGUGGCCAAGGUGAGGGCCAAAGAGGUGGACUUACACAGUAGGAGGGAGGGAUUGUUCUCAGGAGCUUACGAGACUAUGUAACGCAAUUUGUAACCCUCUUCUCUUCUUGUGUUGCAGGCUGCAAGGAGGGCUCUUUCUCAUCUAGCCCCACAAGUGAAGUGGUGGGCUCAUCCCAACAAAUUUAGCCUCCACUUUGCUCUCCACCAGGCUGCCAAGCAUCUGGUAAGGUCCCUCUGCUUUGUUGGCAGCUUUGCCCAGGCAUGUCUCUGGGAGUGCAAGGCUCUUCUGCCGCUCUCUCAAGCUUCUCUGAUGCCACUUCUCCUUUGUCUUUGCCCACAGAGCAAGACCUUCAGCAAGGACAUCCUUCGGAGUGCUGCCUUGACAUGUACGAAGCCGUCCACCAACAGGCUGCCAUCAGUCUCCAGGGUGGCAGCUCUGCUUCUGGGUAAGUCAAGCAACGUCCUUCCCUGGUAGGGAUGGACAGAAACGUCUUGGUAACGAUGGCAGGGAGGAUGGACAUGUCCCCAGGCCUCCAUCUGUGCCCAGAUCUUGCUCUGAGUGCUCCGUGAGGGUGGAGGCCUCUAGACGCAGCAGAGCAUACCUGUCCUCCUGCCGAGCUGCCUCUGUCUCCCCUUGCUUUGCACCGAGAUGACAUCCCUUUCCUGCCCUCUCUCUCUUUCUCUAGGUCAUCUGGCUUUCCGGGAUGCCAGUUUCAUCCACAAUCAAGACAUGGCAUCCUAUGGAACAUGUGAGUGAGACGUACGGAGGGCAGGGAGGGAUGCUUCUGCUGAGAAAGGUCUUCAGGGGAAGGCAAAUUCCCAGAUGUAUGUUCAGACAGAGGUGCCACAAGAUGAACAUGCAAAGAGAAUUGGAAUGUGACUUCACUGCUCUCUCUCACACACAAACACACCUGACGGCUGUUUUCAUAUUGUUGAUGGAUGGCUCUUUUCCUGUGUAUCUCCGCCUUGCUCAACCUUUCUCCCUUGCCACUCAGGGCUGGAAGAGAUGCAGCAGCACGAGGAAGAAGGGCUCAGGCAGACAGGGAGGAGCUGCCUGAACAUCAUGCAGCGGGCCUAUAAACAUCGGAAGAAAGGCAGGGUCCAGCGCUUUUUUGAGGAGGCUGCUCCACUGCGUUCACAGGGAACCUUACCCGCAGGACUUCCUGAGCUGCAUGCCAGGUGAGUGAGGCAUCUGGUGGGCUAUUGGGACAUCUGGUGGGCUGUUUGGAGGUGACGUUUCUCAAGGAGCCCCUUUCUCCUCCUGACAGAACAUCCGCAGUAGCGCCAGGCCAAGUCAACGUAACAUCAGAGUUGUGCUGCAGAGGUACCAUCUUCUGCUCUCCGCGGGAUCCAGUCUGGACCAGCGCCAGGAACAUCAACGCCAUCAGGAUGGACCAAGAGGAGUGGUGCUGCCCUCACGACCCUCCGUACACAGCGGUAGGAAACCUUUUUGUUGUUGUUGUGUUUCUUGUUGAUGUUGUUUUGGAUUGUUGAUUUUAUUGAUUUUGAAUCUCAGGGUGGUUCACAACACCAAGUAUACGAAGCACAAAAUACAUAAUAAGAAUAAUCACUGCACAAAAUUCAUAAUAAAAAUAUCAGAACAUAAUAUAAAUUAAAAUAAAAACAUACUAAAAAGAGCCACAAGACUAAUGUAUGCACACUAAUAAACAAUACAAAAGCCCUGAAACAACACUCCAGCCCACCAAUACAAAAUCUAAAUCAACGAAACACAUUUAACAACCAUUUAAAACAACCCCACCUUCUUGAAGAAGGCUGAUGUAUUAGAUUUAGAAGGUUGGAAUACAAAGUUUGGAUGGCACGCCUACCUAACAUACAACAAAGUGGCAGUGCAUAAGGACUUUUUAAAUCAUAUAGUCAGAAUUUCAUUAUACAAGGUCUGGGAUAAGUACCACAGACUAUUAGAGCCCAAAAUACCCUGGUGGGUAUCCCCAGUGGAGAUGAUAACGGUAAAAAAAGACAAACAUGGACACAAAUUGGGCAACUUACCAACAAUUAAUAAAGGUAGAACAGGGCCAAUUAAAAAUCAAAUCGUAUGAAGAAAUUAAACAGUAUUGUAACGGCUGGAUUCAAUAUCACCAAAUAGUGCAUAUAUUUAAUCAGGAUAAGAAAAUUGGUUUUGGAGAAAAGAAGUCAUUAUUACAAAAGGAAUUAGUACAAACUAAUAAAAAGACCCUAUCUAGGAUGUAUGAUCUACUUUUGGAAUGGGAACUCAAGGAUGAGAUGCUAAAGGACGUUAUGAUAAAGUGGGCACAGGAUUUUGGCCACAACAUAAUGUUAGCUGUGGAAAUUUGACAUCAAGUUCACAGCAUGUUAUACAAUAGGGGAGAAUCUAAUGAAAAUGAUCUACCGAUGGUACCUAACCCCUGCCCCAAGGAAUCGGCAAAAAUCUAUAAGCAAAAAACCAAUGUGUGCUGGAGAUGUAACACCGAGAUAGGAACAAUGUACCAUAUGUGGUGGGGUGUAAGGAGAUAAAAAGCUUUUGGAACAAAGUUCAUGAAGAAAUCAUUAAGAUUUUUUAAAAAACCAUUCAAUAAGAAACCAGAAGCGUAUGUUGCAAACCUAUAAGGAAUACCUGUUACCCAUUUAAAAUAUGCUCAAGAAUCGACAGAUGCAGCAAUGGUUAUCAUUUAUAAGGGCCUGUAAUUUUGGCAACUCGUCCUCAGUAGUGUUGUUGAGGUCAUGAAACUUCACUCUGCAUUUGCCUUCCGGGACUAUUUUACAAAAACCUCCUGAUUUGGCGAGAAGAUAGUCAAGAGCAAGUCUAUUAGCUGCUGCUAUCUGCUUCAAAUCCUCAAUCUCAGACUGCAACUGUCAGAGUAUAUGUGUAGUGGCAUUGAUGGUUUUCUCCAACCUGCAUGUUAGGGCAAAUAGUGCUUCACGAUUUUGUUCAGCCACAACUCCUGGAUGUAUGCCGAUGGUGAGGAUGCUAACGAAGCCUCCACCAAUAGCACCCACAGACCGGGCCAGGAAAAUCUCAUCACUGCACUGUUCCCCUUGGACUUCUCUCCUCUUUCUGUUUCUAAGAGAGGGUAGAGGAGGAAAAGCCUCCACAGUCACAGGGAAAGUAAAGGCACCUAUUCCCACACACUGAUAAUUACCAGGGUGGUAAUUAGUGGCUAGUCCAUUAUACAAGAACCAAAGAUUGGGGUCCUUGAUCAGCCAGCCAGAACAGAUGGAUCCCUGUCCGGUGAAGUUGACUGUAUAUUGGCGAAAGUAUGGAUACAGAUCUGAGGAUGUGGUGUUGCUUUGGUAAGAGGCGUUGAAGGAACCCCACAACCAAAACUUAGCAGUGCACUGUGUGUAAUUUCCCAGCCAACCUUUAUGUUGGUGGUGCUGGACAUGCGACCAAUCUUUCCAUUUGGCGUUCCAUGAUCCAGAGGCAUAACAACAAAAGCACAAGCCCAGGGUGGUUCUGGAGAACCGGAAAUAUCGGUAGGAGGUAUUCAUUUCAGAAGGAGGUGUCACGAAAAGGCCACUUUGAUUAUACAGUAGGCCUGCCAAGACAAUGUCAGGGUCCCUGAUUAGUCCUGGGAUGAGGGACAUGUCAGCUACCUUUCUAGGGUGUUCAUAAUAAAGGGUGACAUUUUCUCCAUAUAUUUGAAACAUCUGCUUAGCAUUCUUUACAAAAACAUUUUCUUUUGUCAUUGGUCUCCUCAAGGUCAAGAUGCACAUCAGGGUUAACAUCAACUUCAUCAUGAUCAAGGAACUCCAUGGGUUCAAGGAGUCCAAGGAUAUGAACAAUUCCUCGUGGGUAGUAAAAGAAGAUAAGAAGGAGAGCAGUUAUUAUUACUGUAGGAAGAACUGGAGGUAA